CCUCAUCCUCAUCCUUUACUCUCCACUCUCCACCUUCUGCCCGUCUGGCCUGCAUCUUUCACUUUCGCCUGCACCUUAAGGCAGAGUUAGGAACAUGGCUUUCUUCAGCUCUAUCGUCCUCCUGGUCUCCCUUGGCCUCCAUGUCCUCCAAUUCCCACUCACGGUCCUUGCCCAAGACGCCCCUUUAUGGGUGCAAGGCGCAUUGGAAGAUGCCACUGUGUCUGGUAAUGCAUUCAACUCUGGCGGUGCCAUUGCUGUCAAUGGCUUCACCAUGAACAUUCCCGAGAACCUCUUGGUCCAGUUUCCAGCUGCGUGGGUCCCAUGGAAAGACUUUGUUGCCAGCAAGUCAGACUUCCUGGGUUUCGAGACACUGGUCAUCGGGAACAGCAUCAACGGGAUUCCUCAAGUCGCCCAAGUCCAAAUUUACGAGUUUUUCGAGGGAAUGGCAAGCGGCUUCAUCGAGUCCAUCGACCAAGCCGAUGGGAGCAUGAAGAUCCAGAAUGGUCCCACCGUCCGUAUCAAUGACCCCAAUGGCGUCUAUUCUGUGGGCUAUACUGGUGCGCCAUUCAUGACUGCCGACGAUGCCAGUCCCAGUAUCACGUCAUUCUCUGGAUUCCCCAUGUGCAUUCCACGGAACCCCACUGAUCCACUAUGCCCACGCACCAACCGACCCUUCAAUGGUCCUGGCACAUUCACUGCUCCCGAUCCCCUCGUCAUGGCUCCUUUCCUCCCCGGCGACUUCAUCACCAUCACCGGCUUCCGACGCGGCGACGAGAUUAUCGCCUCCAGCAUUGUUGCCCAGAACGUCAUGAUCAACACGCUCGGUGACAUUGUCUACGUCCGGAUGGAGGUUGCACUGCUAGGCAUCGACAACCCAAGCCCCAAUGCCGAAAUCGCAGAAUCAAGAUUCAUCGGUUUUCUCUCCAACCCACGCGCGACAGUCUCGUUGUUCGCAAUGGACGUUGACCCGUGUACUGGGGCAACAACGGACAGGAUUCUUGCUUCGAUGGGCCUACGAGGUGGCCGCAAUCCCCAGAACAAGUUUGAGUACCGCAACGACAUGCUCAGCCGCUACACGAGGGAGUACCGUGUGACUGCCGAAAUCAACGGCGUCCCCAAGACACGCGUUACCAAGAACGGCAUCGUGGCGGGCACCUAUGUCCAGCCAGUCAACGUCUGGGUCCAAGGCGAGCAAGACGUCCCCGGGGUGCCUCCCGUUCCGUUCGACUUCUCUCAGAUGGAGUUCUUGACCCUCGGGGUCGGCCCCGACGCCGAUGGCAACAUCUGGGGCCCCAUCAACCCGUUCCCUCAGACCGGUGUCUUCAUUGACACGCCCGUGUGCGUCAGCCCCGCCGUCGCCAAAAGCCCCACCGCCACCAUUAGCCCCGCUGCCACCAUUUCAGGGGAGCCGGAGCCGACGGAUCUGGCACUGGAGAAGCGUGGCAGCACUGGCCGCUGGCAUACCCGUCACCGUGAGGAAGCUCUUGCAGAUGCCGAGAACAAGGGGACCACUGAGCCUGCCCUUAUGAAAAUUGCACCGCAGCCGCCGAGAAAGAAGAUGACUAGGCUGUGA